AUAACGGACAAAUCAACAUUUUGAAUUCAAAAAACACAACACAAGAGAACAGAAACUCCUCUGUAUAACAUCUCUCUCACACACACAACCCAACUCAAUUCACAACACAACACAACAAUGGCUUCACUAACACCAGGCCUAAUCCUCAAACUCCUCCAAGCAAUGAACACCGAUACACGUGUCACCGGCGACCACCGUUCUCCUCUUCUCCAACUCAUUGGAAUUGUCCCCGCUUUAUCCAGCUCCGAUCUCUUUUCAAACGAAGGCUUCUACCUCAACCUCUCUGAUUCUCUCAACUCCACCUACGUUCUUCUCUCUCACCCUGACACCGAUCUCAUCCUCAAUAAUCGUCUUCAAUUAGGCCAAUUCCUCUACGUUGAUCGCUUCCAUUUCCAUUCCCCUCUUCCUUCUGUCACCAACAUUCGUCCUCUACCCACUCGUCAUUCCUUCGUCGGAACACCAGAACCACUUGUAGCUCGUAUUUCACCUACCACUCGUCAUUUCACCAUUCAACCAUUAUCAGAUUCAGAUGAUCCUCUUUCUUUGUAUCUCUCCACCAACACACCACAAUCUCCGGUUCAGAUCAAUCAACAACAACAACAGAAGAUCAACAAUGUUCAUUCACGGCAACCACUUGCUCCACGAGAUAAUUUACCAACGCCUAAGAGAUUUUCAUCUCCGGCAACUGCUAAACGAUCACAAUCUGCAGGGAAGUUUGGUAAAGUUUCUGCUGAGAGAGAUCCAUCUCCGGCGGGGAAGAUGAAGAGAUCUUCUUCACCGGUUCCGUCCAAAUGUGUGGUUCCGAGUUUGGUUUCUGCUCGUGAGGAGAAUCGGAAGGUUUCACGUGAGGCGGCCAUUAUUGUUCCCUCCAGGUAUAGACAGCCCUCUCCGACGGCAAGGAAGCAGCCUUCGCCGAAUCCUAGAAGAGCUUCAAUUUCUCCGGGGAGAAGGUUGUCCGGGGGAAUCAAGUUUUCGCCAGCGGUUGGAGAUUCCACUGCAAAGAAGAAGAUGGUAGCUGGGAUUUCUAAGAUUUCUGAUAUGUUGGCUGGGUCGGCCAAGACAACAAGAAAGAAUUGGGAUGAACACAAUGUUGAAGGUGAAGCUAAAGAAAAGAGUGUUGGUUCUAAAACUAGGGUUGAUUCUCAAUUAAUCUUGCGUACUCAGGUUGCAAUGUCAAGGAGAUUGAGUGAUGUGAAAAGCCGAAAAUCAGAUGACAAUGAUUCUUCUUCUGUGGAUGAGAAUACUAUAGACUCUUCUCCUCAAAGUUGUUUGGAUUUAGAGAAACCCAAGUUUGCAGGUUUAGGUGGCAUUACAAUUCAUGAAAAGAAAUGGACUGAUGGAAGUGUUCCUCUUGAUGCUGUGUCUGGCAAACUUUCAAGGCUUGGAAAGGAUGCAAUGGAAAGGAAAGCUCUUGCUUCUGCAGCUGCUGCUGCAGCAUUAGAAGAGGCCAAUGCCACUGAAUGUAUAAUAAGAAAUUUAAGCAUGUUUUCAGACCUUUGCUCUGUGUGUAAAGCCAAAAAUCCUUUGCCAACCAUAGACAAGUUUUUUAGCAUCUAUGAUGAUGUCCUAAGAUCAAUCGCAAUGACAGAAUCUGUUGCUAAUAGUCAUGAUGACAGUAUUCCAACAUGUCAAUCUAAGUCCAUCUCUCUUUGGGUUGAAGCUGCUUUGGCCACUGAUCUUCAGAUAGUAUCCCUUCUAACUGAAAAUGACAUAAACACUCCAUCAGAACUUCCGAAAAGGCUGUCAAGACCACACUCUCUUAGCACGUCUAAGAGUCAAGGAAAUGGAAUGAAAGAAACACUGGAGCUUGGAACAAGUUUACUGUCAGAGAUGCAAAUGUGGUUUUUACGCUUUGUUGAAGAAUCCCUUGAAGCAGGAUUUAAAGUGUUUGGAGAGAGUGCUAAUGGUGGGAAGAAAGCAUUGCCUCUGGAUGGUGGCUCCAUUGCUAUUGUUUUGUCGCAUUUGAAGCGAGUAAAUGCAUGGUUGGACCGCGUAGUUUCUAAAGGGAACCACUCAUUGACAGAUAAGAUCGAGAAAUUAAAGAGAAAAAUCUAUGGUUUUGUUAUCCAGCAUGUAGGAUCAACUUUUGAUAACAAAGCUUCCCUUGCUUCAUCCUGAAUUCUUUUUGUUUUCUUAUUUUACCCAUGGAUGUUGAUAUUGUGAUGAAAGGAAGAACUUCUUCUAUCUUCAAAAAGUCUGUUUUGCUAGCUUAUUGUAUCAAGGAACCACCGUAAUUUCUAGUUUGAUUAAUUACUAUUGUAUUGAACAAACCAUGAUGUCUCAAUGGUUAAAUUUAGAGCUUGUUUGUCAAUGUGGUACUUUCUAUUGGGAAAAUUACAAUUUUUCGGUUUCUUUUCUUUAAGAAACUAUCAUGUA